GGAGGCUGGUCGCCCUCUCGCGUUGAAUACAUUUUGUUGACAGUGUUUAUAGACCUGGAGAUAACCCACAAACGGGAUACCGAGUCAAACUCAACAAAAGCUUGAUAAUAAAACCCAUUCCGUCUUCAGCACCUGUCUUCCACCUACAGUGCCAGGCUAAUAUCCACAGUCUGUGCUGACCUGAAGAUGACCUCCAGGAAAGUAAUCGAGUUGUUCUACGAUGUGGUUUCUCCUUACUCUUGGCUUGGCUUUGAGGUGAUGUGCCGCUACAGAAAUGUGUGGAACAUUGACCUCAAACUGUGCCCUGCAUUUCUGGGUGGUGUCAUGCAAGAAUCAGGCAACAAGCCCCCUGGUCUGGUCCCAAACAAAUUCAUGUUUAUGAGCAAAGACCUGAACCGUUUGUCAAAGUAUUUCAAUGUUCCCGUGCAGGCUCCAUCCGACCCUUUUGAAGCCAUGUUCAAAAAAGGCUCCCUGGCUGCGAUGCGAUUUGUGACAGCGGUGCAGGUGAGAGAGAAGGGUGGAGAUGCCAAAGUGGAGCAGGUGUCCCGGGAGCUCUGGAAGAGGAUCUGGAGUGAGGACAAAGACAUCACUCUACCAGCAUCACUGUCUGAGGCAGCGUUAAAGGCAGGAUUGUCCGAGAAUGAGAUCAAAGAAGCCCUGGAGCUGUCGACCUCAAAGGAGAUUAAAGAGAAGCUGAAGAGUGCAACACAAAAAGCACUCGAUUAUGGGGCUUUUGGUUUCCCAAUGCUGGUGUGUCAUAUUGAUGGAAAUGCAGAGAUGUUUUUUGGCUCGGACAGAUUUGAGCUCAUGGCCCACUGCAUUGGGGAGAAGUGGCUCGGACCCCAGCCUGAAAAAGGAGCUGCCAAGUUGUGAGAUGAAACUGCCUUAAAACACUACAUUUUGGAGUACAUGAUUAAUUAAUUUGUGAUUAAUUACCAUAGUGUUUCUGAAACUAUCCAAACACCUACAAUAUCAUAUUUCUGUCACUGUGCCUGUUGGAUCCAAGACAUGUUUUGUAAUAAAAUUCAGUUACAAAUAGUGUAAAUAAUAUAGGAUACCAUUUUUGAUGCUUUAUAGAUCAAAUAAAAGAAAGGUUGACAACUUGAUAAUAA